AUGGCGUCCUCAUCCUCGCCGCCAGCGGCAACGUCCCGUCCCGCCUGGUGGAAAGUGCAUCUUUUCCGCGGCAUGGCUAAUGAUGUCCGGCGGCGCGCUCCGUUUUACAUGAGCGACUGGGCGGACGCAUGGGACUACCGCGUCGUGCCGGCGACGGUGUACAUGUACUUUGCCAACAUCCUGCCGGCGCUGGCCUUCUCGCUCGACAUGUUCACCAAGACACACAUGCAGUACGGCGUCAACGAGGUGCUGCUGGCGUCCGUGCUGGGGGCCGUCGUCUUUGCCGUACUCGCGUGCCAGCCGCUGGUCAUUGUCGGCGUGACGGGCCCCAUCACCGUCUUCAACUACACCGUCUACGACAUUAUCGCGCCGCGCGGCACCAACUACCUGGCGUUCAUGUGCUGGAUCGGCCUCUGGUCGCUGGUGUUCCACUGGGCGCUGGCCAUGACCAACGCCUGCGACGCCCUCAAGUACGUGACGCGAUUUCCCUGCGACAUUUUCGGUUUCUACGUCGCCUUCAUCUACCUGCAAAAGGGCAUCCAGGUGCUGUCGCGCCUGGGCGACGCGGAGCCGUUUUACCUGUCGAUUUUCAUUGGCCUGGUCGUCUUUGCCGUGGCCUACAUCUGCGGCGAGAUGGGCCGUGGCAGCCUCUUUACCCACCCGGUGCGCGUCUUCCUCAAAGACUACGGCACGCCGCUCACCGUCGUCUUCUUUACCGGCUUUGUGCACAUUGGCCGCAUGCGCCAGGUGUCGCUCGAGGUGCUGCCGACGGGCAUCGCGUUUGAGCCUACCGAUGCCGUGCGCAGCUGGCUGGUGCGGUUCUGGAACAUUCGUGUCGGCGAUGUGUUCCUGGCCAUCCCCUUUGCCGUGCUGCUGACGAUCCUCUUCUACUUUGAUCACAACGUGUCCUCGCUCAUUGCGCAGGGCACCGAGUUUCCGCUGCGCAAGCCGGCCGGUUUCCACUGGGACCUCUUUCUGCUGGGCCUGACGACGGGCGUUGCCGGCAUUCUCGGUCUGCCCUUCCCCAACGGCCUCAUCCCGCAGGCUCCCUUCCACACAGAGUCCCUGUGCGUCACUGAGCUCGUCAAGGACGAUGAAGAUAAGGCCGCUACGCCCGCGUCGAUGGCCACCGGCGGUGGCGGCAGCGCCGGCAGCGCCGGCAGCGCCGACGACGAGGGCGGCGAGUUCAAGGGCCACCCGCGCAACACGGUCCAUGCCCGCGUCACCCACGUCGUCGAGCAGCGCGCCUCCAACCUUGCCCAGGGCCUGUUGACGCUUGGCACUAUGACGGGCCCGCUCCUCGUCGUCAUUCACCUCAUCCCCCAGGCCGUGCUGGCCGGCCUCUUUUUCGUCAUGGGCGUCCAGGCCCUCGAGGCCAACGGCAUCACGGCCAAGCUGCUCUUCUUGUUCCGCGACAGGUCCUUGACCCCCCGCAGCCACCCCCUCAAACAGCUCACCCGCGGCCAGUGGCCCGUCUGGGCCUUUGUGGCUAUUGAGCUCGUUGCCUUUGGCGCCACGUUUGCCAUCACCCAGACCAUCGCGGCCGUCGGCUUCCCCGUCUUUAUUUUGCUCCUGAUCCCCGUGCGCGCCUGGCUGCUGCCGCGUGUCUUCACGGGCGAGGAGCUGGCGGCGCUGGAUGCGCCGACGGCCAGUCCCUUUACCAUGGAGAGUGUAGGUGGCAACUAUGGCCAGGGAGAGACGCAAAGACAACCGAAAAAAGGGCAAGCCCGUGGACGUAGCGGCCUGUUUGUCAGCAGUGGUGCGGCAACCGUCGUUCCCAGCGAGGACCCGUCGACCGUCAAUGUGCGCCAGCGCAGCCGUGAAGACCUCGCCGAGCUGGGCGAGAGCAGCGGUGAGAGUGGUCCCGUCGUGAUUGAGAUGCAGCCGACAGGCGGCGCGGCAGCUGCUGCAUCGCCGUCUCGCACCGGGAUGCACAACCGGCGCGGUCAACAGGGCAGUGUCAGCAACGGAAGUGUAAGCCGUGGGCGGUAA